CCCCGGAGGACUCGUCCCCUUAGGAAGGAUGGGGGCAGGGCAUUUCCUGUUCAGCCCUUUUGCCUUCAACAAAGAUGGUGCCUCCAGCCCCCGGCCGGGAGCGUGUGUAAUCCCCGGGUUUCCGGCUCUUUAUGACAUGGUCACUUUAUGCAAGAGGAAUAAUGAGGAGAGGGAGGAACCCUAAAUCUUAACCUGCUGGAUUAGAUGAGCUACAGAAAAUACUAGACCUGCAGUGCCAAUGCCUCGUGACAGAUGGAUGCCAGAGACAAGCAGGUUCUGCGUUCCCUGCGGCUGGUGCUCUGCUCAGAAGUGCUGGUGGAGGGGCUCAUCAUUCAGUAUCUCUACCAGGAAGGCAUUCUAACAGAAAACCACCUUCAAGAAAUAAAGUCCCAAGCCACCAAUCACAGAAAAACCAUGCUGCUUCUAGAUAUCCUUCCUACCAGAGGACCCAAGGCCUUUCAGACUUUCUUAGAUUCCUUACAGGAGUUUCCAUGGGUGAGAGACAACUUGGAGAGAAAACGUAAGGAAAUGAUGGCAGAGGAUCCUGUAGAUGACGGGUUAACUGGAAUUCCACCAGACGUUUUGAAGAACCCCCCAACAGAUCAGCAGAUUAACAAACUUGCCAGGAGCCUGGGGCCUGAGUGGGAGCAUAUUGUACUGUACCUGGGCUUGUCACAGAAUGACAUCUAUAGAUGUAAAGUCAAUCACCCUCACACUGUGCAGUCACAGAUUGUGGCUGCGUUUGUCCUUUGGAGACAGCGUUUUGGAAUCAAAGCCACAAUCCAAAGUCUGCACACCAGUCUGAUGGCCGGAGAAGUGGAUCCUUCUGUGAUCCAGCAUAUGCUUGAGUGAAGUCUUGUUAUCGAUUGGUGGCUCUUGAGUUUUUUGCUAAAUAAAAUACACUGGAUUCACUGAAUCACGUAUCAGUGUUCUGA